AUGUCGAUUAUUACUAUUCAUCCAUUCUAUAGUGAUGCUGUUAUUGAUGAUAUACUAGCUCAGACUGAAAAACCAUUAUCACAACAACAACAAAAUAUUCAAAAACAUUAUCAUUAUAAAGAUCUAGUUGGUCUUCUUUCAUGGAACAAUGCAAAUAGUCAAUGUUUUAAUUCAACUGAUUCAUCUCUUAGUGUAACAACACAUGCAGUACUAGAUGACGAUUUUAAUCGUCUUAAGUAUCUGAUACGUUCGGUUUUGUGGCCGAUCAAUCAUUAUAUACGUCGUCAAAUGUGGAUGAAUAUAUUAACAUUGAAUCGCGUUAGAUCAUCUAAACAACCUCGUCAUGUACGUCAGUCAUCUCAAGCUACUUUAACAUCAACAAUAGUGAUUAUUGAUAAUGACUUCAGUUCUUUAUCAUCAAAUCAUAAUCAAUUACCAAAUUUUGUUGAUACAACUAAUUUAUGUUUUUAUCAUUUAAAUGAACCAACAGGUCAUUCAUUAUUACAACGUAUACUUUUUACAUUUGCUUUACAUCAUCCAGAUGUAACAUAUUGUCCAACAUUACAACCAUUUUCUGCAUUACUUUUACAUUAUCAUACAGAAUAUGAAGUUUUAUAUUUAAUUAACCGUUUAUUAGUUAAAAAUUGGUUAUGCGGAGUAACACGUUUGCAAUGGGAAGCACAUUGUAAUGUAUUUAUGAAAUUAGUAAGACUUUAUUAUAAAUCAGCAGCCGAUAUAAUUGAUUUGCGCUUUGCAAAUAUGAAAAGUUUUUAUCAAGAAUGGUUUUGGUGGAUAUUCCGUUAUUUGCCAUUCACUUAUCUUACCAAAAUCAUGGAUUGUUUCUUUUUGGAAGGACCAAAAAUUUUAUUUCGAAUUAGUUUGGCACUUGUUCACUUAUAUACGAAAAGAAUAAAAGACAAAUCAAAUAAAAAUCCUUCAGAUAUAGCGGAUUUUUGUCAACAUAUUCCAGUAUCAAUUGAUCAUCUAUUACGUAUAGCGUUUGAUAUUCGAAAUUUCAAACGACGUACAAUAGAUCAAUUGAUUGAAAAUGAAGAAAAGCUCUUACGUUCUACCCAUCAACAACCAUCGAACGAUAAUGCCAAAGAAAGUAGUAAUAGCAUUAGUCAUGGAAUUAUUUCUGAUCGACAACCACAAUUAGUGACAUCUCAACAUCUUACACAAAUACCAAACAAGUCAAUACUCGAUCAUAAACAAUUUCUUACAUUAUGGAAUUGGUUACCAGUGCGUUUUAGUAUUGCACAACCUAGUUUAGUUUUUACUACUGAAGAACAUGGAUUUCGUUUACAAACUUUAUUAGAUAAAAUUGAUGAAAUUGAAUAUUCAAUUUUAAUAAUAAAAGCUACAAACGGAGAGAUAUUUGGCGCAUUUUGUGCUGGUCUCUGGUCUGAUCGUCAUAAAAGAGCAUAUUUUGGUUUUGGCGAAACGUUUUUAUUUACACUUGUACCCAAACAAAUCAAAUAUUCUUGGGUAGGACAACAACAUGAUGAUUCUAAUCGUCAAAAUCAAGCUAAACGCGAAAUGUUUUUAUAUGUAAAUAAUGAAAAAUUAGUUAUUGGUGGAGGAAAUGGUGAUGGUUUAUGUAUUGAUCAAUCAUUAUGUGAAGGUCUUACAACACAUUGUGAUACAUUUAAUAAUGAGCCACUCUGUUCUCAAUCAUAUUUUUCUAUUUCAGUUUUAGAAAUGAUUGCAUUUGAUUUUUCCGAAUCUUAA